AUGGCACGGAGGGAGUGUGCUGCGACCAGUUCUACGGAGACAGCAGUUCUGUGCUGGCCGCUGGACUAUCUCCAGCGCUGCGUCCUAGAAGACGGCUCCGACGGCACCAUCUGCGCUCCAUCCCACCGUCCCCCCGCGCCGGUACGCCUCCUGUCUCCGCCCGGCCAAUGGGUGCUGCGGGCUCCUCUGGGCUCCUUCUCGGCCGAAGCAGCUCUCCGGCGGUCGGCCAGCGCCUCGGCGCUACUGAGCGAGCUGGAGGAGCGUCUGUCGGCGGCGGCGCGCCGGCCCGGCCCCGAGGAGGCCGACCUGACCGAGCUGACGACGGCCGCCGGCGGCGACCCGGCCGUCCAGCAGGAGGUGGGCAGGAUCGGCCUGCAGCGGCUCCACACCGUCCAGGCCGUCGGCAACCAGACAUCGCUGUCAUUGGAGAGGAUCCCCGCUGAAUCGGAGACCGUUGAUGAUGCCAAAUACCGUAUUCCGGGCUGCGUGCCGGCGACUGAGACCCACUGCGACAGAUCAGCGGCCGCCUACCGGACUCUCGGGGGACACUGCACGAGCCUGAAGAGUCCUCUGAUGGGGCGAGCUCUCACGGGCCUAGGGCGACUAGCUAGCCCAACCUUCGGCGACCAGAUUUUCUUCACCCCACGAAGUUUGGACGUCAACGAAUCUCCCCUACCGGACGCCGAAAAAGCCGGGAUGCUGGUGGUCCACCAGAACAUCCCUGAAUCACCGAAUCUCUGGACCUCCACGCUCUCCGAGUACUUGAGCCUGGACCUCUCGCGUAUCGCACCGUUCCGACUGUCGGACGGCCGCGAACCAGCCUGCUGCGCCGAGAACCACCCGGCUUGUCUUCCACUCCGCGUGGCCGACCGGUGCGUCAGCUUCGUGCGAGCGCUGCCGGCGCCCGAGCUGGACUGCGUGAUGCGGCCGGCGGCAACGCUGUCUGCCGCCUCCUCCUACGUGGACCUGGAGACGCUGUACGGCAGCUCAGAGGAGGCCGGCAGGCGACUGAGGACGCUCCGCGGGGGCCGGCUGCGGGACGACCGUGGCCUUCUCGACGAGGUGCCCAAACUGAUUGUGGACUUGGACAACCAGCUGCAGGGUUCUUCGGAAGAUGUGCUGCUCCGGCGGCGCCGCUGGGCGAACGGCGCAGACCGGGAAAAUGUGGCAGAGAUAGCGCCAGAUGCUGAGGUCCGGCUCGUCACCAGGCACUCACUCCGGCGAAAGGGAAGGCAAGGCAACGGCAACGGCAACAACGGCAACGGCAACGGCAACAACGGCAACGGCAACGGCAACAACGGCAACGGCAACGGCAACGGCAACGGCAACGGCAACGAUGACGAUGAUGGAGAAAAGGGAGAUAAGGGAGAUAAGGGCGAUCCAGGGGAAAAGGGAAUGCAAGGCGAAAAGGGAGACACGGGUGAAAAAGGAAUGCAAGGCGAAAAGGGAAUGGAUGGUGAAAAGGGUAUGCAGGGUGACAAGGGAGACCCCGGUGAAAAGGGAAUGAAAGGAGAGCCAGGAAUGAAAGGAGAAAUGGGUGAAAAGGGAAUGCAGGGUGACAAGGGAGAUAUGGGUGAAAAAGGAAUGCAGGGUGACAAGGGAGACAUGGGCGACAAAGGGGAUACAGGAGAAAAGGGGAUGAAAGGUGAACCGGGGAUGAAAGGAGACAUGGGUGAAAAGGGAGAAAUGGGCGAAAAGGGAGACAUGGGCGAAAAGGGCAUGAAGGGCGAACAGGGCAUGAAAGGAGAUAUGGGUGAAAAGGGAAUGCAAGGUGAAAAGGGUGAACAGGGGAUGAAAGGAGAACCGGGUGAAAAGGGAAUGCAAGGAGAAAAGGGUGACCCAGGAAUGGAUGGGGAAAAGGGUAUGAAAGGCGAGGUUGGAGAAAAGGGCGAUCAAGGCGAGAUGGGGAUGAAAGGCCAAACGGGCGAAAAGGGGAUGAAAGGAGAAACAGGAAUGCAGGGAAUAAAGGGUGAGCAAGGAGAGAUGGGAUCCAAAGGCGACAAGGGAGACCUGGGCCCGGCUGGUGCCAAGGGUGCCAUGGGCAAGGCGGGAGCCAUGGGGCCGAUCGGCCGGCCGGGCCCUCGAGGUCCCCCCGGGCGGGUGCGAGUCGCCAUCCCGAACAGGUACGGUCUGCACGAGCCGCGUCGGCUCUGGGCGCCAGAGCCGCGUUCCUCGACGAUCCCCCGGCCAGCAUCCAGCUCCUCACCGGAUCAGCUCAACCGAGUCCUCCUGAGGGAGCACAACCGUGUGGUGGAGGCGCUACGUCGCAACCACCCCCUCUGGGAGGACGAGCGACUGUUCCAGACGGCGCGUCGCGUGGUGAUCGCUCAGUGGCAGCACAUCACCUACAGAGAAUACCUCCCGCACAUCCUGGGACCCGACGCCACAAGGGUUGUCUCACUUACUCCGAACGACGAGGAUGAUGUCGAUCCAACAGUGAGUGUCGAGUUCGCGGCGGCUGCGUUCAGGUUCUGGCAGCGACCGCGGCCGGUGACAAAACGACGGGUAGUCAGCGGCAUUGGCAGUAGUGCAGCCUUCCUCGCCAUGCUUCAUGGUACAGAAGGAAAGUCGGCCAACCACGAAGACAGUGCUGCCAAGGAGCUGGCCGCCGUGGAGGUGCUGCGCGGCAGGGAUCUGGGUCUGCCGUCAUACACGGCCAUCCGUCAGCUCUGCUCCGGACAACCGGUGACCAGCUGGACAGAUCUGGAGACCGCCUUCGAGCGUCGGGAACUGGAGGAACUCCGAGCCACCUACUCCAGCCCCGACGACAUUGACCUCUGGGUGGGCGGGAUGCUAGAGCGUCGCGCGCCCUUGGCCAGGGUGGGACCCACCUUCCAGUGCGUGAUCGCCGACCAGUUUCGGCGGCUGCGCGAAGGCGACCGGCUCUUCUACGAGCGCAGUCUGAGCGGAGAACAGCUGCGGGAGGUGCGCAAGGCCAGUCUGGCGCGCCUGCUCUGUGACAACGAGGAGGGUCGUACUGCCGCGGCGCCCCUCGUGCUGGAGCCUCCCACCGAGAGGAACAAGAUCACACCGUGCUCAUCCAAGGCUAUUCCCGAGGUUGACCUUAGCCGUUUCUAGUGUA